UCUUUGUUGGUUAACUUAGGGUUUUUUUGUUUUGUUUUUUAUGUUUAAUUCCACAUGUUCAUUCUUUUCUGUUCCUUGUUUUUUGUCUUCCCCGCACUCUGGACUUCAUGAGUUCCUGGUCUGCUCCCCGUAGUUCUCCAUGUUGUUUUCCUUCGGUUUGACUUUGACCCUUUGUUUAAGUUUAAUUUAUUAGACAACCGUUCUGUUAAUUUGUUUCCCCCCACAAACUGCGUUCUGUGACCCACGGAUUCUAAACAAUGCCAAAUUGGAUUACUACCACGAGAGACGGAAACACUCGUCUCCAUGGAAACCCUCGAGGAGACACAGUAAACAUGUCUUUAGUGUAAUUAGAAUCAGAAACAUGAGUGGAGAAAGUGACUACAGCAAACAUGACCUGACGCGUCUGCAGGCAGACCUUGAACAGGAGAGGGAAAUGAGAGAGAUGCUUGAAGAUUCAGUGUCUGACCUGCGCAGCACCAUGUGUGAACUGCAAGGAAGACUUCACAGUGUUGAUGGAGAAGGUAAUGAGUGGAAGACGAGGUAUGAGACGCAGGUGGAGCUGAAUGGACAGUUGGACAGACAGAUCUCACUCAUUCACGAGAGGCUGGAGGACAUGCGAGGCAACCCCAUGGAUCGAUUGGCCUCAAUCCGCUCCUUUGAUGACAUGCCAGUAGAAAUUCUGCGGCAGCGUGUGAAGCUCCUGAGUGAAGAGAAGUCUGACCUCCAGAGUCAGCUGAUGGACUGUCUGCACAGAACUGAGCAGGAGGGAAAGGCUUUUCACAAGACCAACGACGAGCGCCGAGCGUAUCUUUCUGAAAUUGCUAAGCUCUCCUCCACCAUUGAAGGCCAAAGAAGACAGUACUCCACUCAUCCACAGAAAGCAGCAGAGAGCAAACUGUGGAGCUCAGUGAGACACAGCAGGUACAGAGGAAAGCAGACCAGCAGGAAUGCAGAGGCUAAUUUAAAAAAAGGAAACGAGAGAGCAGAAGAUGGAGGAGGAGGAGGAGGAACAGCUGAGAGACGAGAAGAGGAGAAAUCCCAAAGGGGGAGCAGGUUACCCACCCUAAAGCACUACCUGGAACACUAACACUAAUUGCAGUAGAAAGUGUCCAUAUAUGGUUAAAUUUUCAUUGUUAUAUUAUUGUUUACUUACACGCCCACCACCUUCCUAUGGCUUUGUUUGGCAUUUUCUCAAAAGCCAAUUGUGGAGAAACAAUGCAGUUUUUGUAUCUAGAUUUCUCAACCCACGUGCAACAGUUCUGUGUCCUAAUCCAGUGUUUAUUUUACAGCUAUACACUGAACUCACUGUGUAAAUUGUCACAUUUAUGAUGUGGCAGGAGCCUGUUGAGGCAGUUUUUUUUUUUUUUAACCAACCACCACCUCCAACUUUCAUUACGUAAGAAACACCACGUCCAUUACUUUGGUUGCACUUCGGUUACCCACCCACUGGCCUCCUUGAUACUGUGGGUGUAAGAAAUCUCUGUGAAGGAGUUGCGGAGGAUGGGUUCACUUUCUGUCAGCUUCGUAAUUCUUGAGUAGAAACAAUAACUUGUAAAAAAGAGGACGUGGUUUUAAAGACAACCAGUUGGAAGUCAUUAUUCAGUUUCAUGUCUUUUGCUUUAAUUUAGCCUUAAAUACUUGAUUGUUUGCACCUGUGCUCUCCAAAUCGUUAUACUAUAUACAGUAUAAUCACCUUGUUACUUCACUCUUUCCUCGUUUGUCUCAUCGUAUACAUAGCAUCCCAAUUAUUUUUUUAUUCCACUUUUUCCCAGUGUAUGACCUAGUUUUUCUGUCCCCUAAAUCUGCCUUUUUUUGGUCUGGUGAUUCUAUUCUGUUGCCUUUUUCUCUACUGAUUUGGUCUACUGAUCAUUUUGCAUAUCCUCUGUCCUUCAAUUCCCAAGAGUUCCUGAGACAAGACUGCCAGGAUAUAAAAAGAUAACUCAAAAUCAAGCCCCAAGCAUCAACUCCUUUUACACUAACAGUGUAUUUUUAUUGGUACGUACAUGCUAUAAGGUAUAGUUAAAGCUAAACUAAAUAACUAAAUGCCAAUAUAUCACCUAUUUAAAAGAGAGGUGUUUGCCGUCACUUUUUUUAGCAUCUAAAAUCAUUUAAACUGCUCACCAUCAGGUCCAUUUUACCGUUUGUGGCGUUCUACUUGUAUUUCUGUUCCUGCAUGCUCGGCUGGGUUGGUGCACCGUCCUAAAUGUGCUGCAGUGCCAGUUUGUUUCACUUACAAAAAUGACUUAACUUUAAUAAAUAAAAAUGGCCAGUCCACAGACUGAGCACAUUUCCCUCACUGCGUGCUGCCCCCAUGGUGCUGAUAGGUGAAACAUGGUAACAAAUCACCAUGUCAAAACACCAUGAAUCACAAUAUUACUGCCUGUCCAGGGUAAUUUAGUUGGCUCUUCCCAAGCGUUUACUACAGGAAAAAAUGCUAAUUUGAGUCAGACUACGUGUGGUUUGAAAGCGAUAAUUGUAGCGCUUGGAUUCUAUGAUUACAGAACGCAUCUGUCAACAAACGGGAAGUUUUUCGAUUUGCCACAGUAUUAAUCAUCACAUCGUGAUUCCACUUGUGAGUAAACCCCAAUUAUGUUUAUUAUUAACCUCACAAAAGGGGCUUUUAGUUGGGAUUUAUUGUGUCACUAAAACGGAAUCAAAAAGUGGAAGUUGUAUUGCAUUGAGAAAGAUCUUGGAACAAAAUACUCUAUGAUAAAUAGCAGAUUGUAAACCUGCCAAUGUGCUCUAUGUAGCUUAAUUUGCAAACUAAAUUAAUUAGAUAUGAAAUGAGAUUAAGCCUAAAUGCCGUAAUCUAUCUUUGAAUAAUAUCACUUGAUUUAUUUCAUGUAUUUCAUAGUCAGCUGCAAUACUGUCACAGAUGAAGCUGCAAAUAAAACACCUAGAUUUGG